AUGGAACACUCUCUUCACCUACCGACCAGCAAUAAUAUGCUGCAACUUCGAAACGCCCGUGGCAAGCGCACAAGACCCCACGACGCAGUGAAACCCCCGGUACAAGGCAAAGGGCUCUCAGCUCGACGAACCGAACAAUCUCCACCUCCAAAGACUGAAGAACCAAAAACCGUGACCGACCCUGCGGCAAGACGAGCCAAACCUACUAAACUUCCAGUCCCCAAAUCGCCUGUCGACAAGGCGAAUGGCAAUGGCAAAUCUCGAUUUCCAGUACCCAGCUACAAAGAACACGAACCAACUGGCUACAAAGAACAAGAUUCUGAUCGAAUCCUCCGCCCUAAAAGAUCUCUCGGAGCCUUAUCACUGGUCUUGCCUAAGGACACUGUGAAGGGAGGCGAUCAAUACUGGCGAAAAGUUCGAGAUAAAUUCGAGAGGGAGAUUCCGGCACCGUUGCGCAGCAAGGAAAAGCACAAGGAAUACUAUCAAGAAGCGUACCGCAAGAUCGUGUCAUUAGCUACUUCGCCAAGGCAAGAAAUCGCGAGUUACAAGCUGAGGUUAACGGGAGGUGUACCCCGGGACGACAAGUCGCAUGCCCGACCUGUCGGCUUACGGAAAGAUGCUCCAAACCUACACCUUGACAGUCGACCUGCCCUAGCACUAAACACGUGGGGAGCCGAGACUAGCCAUGUCGUUGGCCAGAGAAAACGUCCCAAUAUCGGAGAACGAGGGCCAAGUUUGCCGACUACUGAAACUACGGUGCCACCAACUUCAGAGAGAACAGAUGCCACGACCGACUCAUCCGACCACUCAUAUCCGAUCUCCCCAAUAUCAGCGCCUGCGAGCUCUGUGACUGACUGGGAAGACCGAUUUGUUGUCAACAUGCCGUCAGCGAGAGAGCCAAACCCACUGCACUUGAACGCCCAGCAGAUCUCCAAAUUCCAGCAGAGCAUCGAGAGGGUCCAUAAAGAGGGUGGAACGAUGCUUGACCCUGACACGCUCCCAAGUCCCCGGACCACCACACCCGAGGACAAAAUUGGAAAGCCACGUUUCAGCACGAUUUGGGAAGAGUCGCCUGGGCAAUCGACUAACACGCCCUUUGCAGCUAAUCCUGACGGCUCUUUUUUAGGAUGCAAGGAGAUCAAUGGACCGAACGACAAGAAUCCGGACGAGAUACUGCUUUUUUCAACCACAGACGAACGACCCAGGGUAAUCGAUAUCCCAGGCCCCAAAUCCAGGAUUCCCAGAGAAGGAAGAAAAUCAACAACGCACGCUCUCACACCAGCAGUUCAAGAAAGAACGUUCAAUCAGCAAGACCGAAACUUAAGUACUCAGAGCUCGAAUCCUGCCCAAUGCUCGAAGCAGUUACCCAGGACGAUGUGCAAAGACAACCCAUGUCCACUACCCGGGAAGGCGGAAAUCCCUUCGAAACCUCAUCUGAAAGAGAAUCGGGCUUCCCAGGCAAACACCACGACAAAGACUUUCGAUCCAAAGCCCAGCCGCAAGUCCGACGAUGUAUUCAUUAUCACACCCACUAUCACACGCACUAUGGUUUCCAUGACAGACCUGAGGAUCAAUGCCCAAAAGAACCCAAGCACACAGGAAGCCACAUCUCGAUCCGCAGGGGAGAUCAUCACAGGCACACGGACGAAAUCCCAGUCAGGGCUUUCCACGCCAGGCCUGCGACGUGUGACACAAAAUUCAUGGGAGAAACAAUCCGCGACUUGCACGACGUCCUCAACAAAACCAACAUCUCCAAAAUCGGUAUCGCCGAAGACAACAUCACCCACACAGAUACCCACCGUCAAACCGCGGGGGACAGAAGCCGAGCGACGGACGUCGGACAAGCCAAGACCUAUACGUGGGUUCAUCCGUACCUCCGGAGCGUCAAAGGCUACAGCAGACGGCCCAAGCAGUCUCCCGCGCAAUAAUCCUCCACAAAACCACCCACCUUGCCUGGCUCCUGGGAGUGGAAACACACCGCCCAUGGUUUCUCGAGGCGUCUUUGAGCCCACACCUGAGCCAAAGCCAUCAUUAGUACAAGAGAGCAUUUCUCCACAGAACUCAAUCAGUAGAGACGGAUCGGAGGAGAGACCCUCAAUUCGCGAAAUUCGGGGCUUUGAAGUGGCCGAAUUGGACGGGCAGCAAGUCUACGAAACCCCUCGAGAAGAAGGAAUCUUUCAAUUCAAUGUCACAGACUUCAAUGCUGAUAUCCUCGGUGACCCCGCGAAGCAAUCCGAGAGCAGCACGCAACGGGCAGAGAACACGGAGAACUCAAGUGACGAUCCGACUGUGUGGACUCUGAUUAAGGACGCUAUGAUACACUCCGCGAUACAACUUCAACACCUCUACAGUCAGGUGAUGGAGAACCGAGAUAAUAAAGCGAUGCUGGUCCGCAUUGCCUUCAACAGCGUCCUCAUGAUGAUAGAGCAUUGUCUCUUAGUCUUGAAAAAUUUCCUAGCAUUUCUCUCCUUGUACAAUUCCACCGGCGCCUGGCCCAAACCGUCUAAAAAGGACCUCGUUCGCUCACUAAUCGACUAUUGCCUGGCAGCACUCUAUGUCGUUACCCUUGGUUUUUUCAUGAUGAUUAUCGGCCGAGCCGCAGGGUACGUGGUACUUGUAAGUACGUGGGUGAUCUGGUUUGCAAAGCCGUUUGCAUGGUUCUUUGGAGCAUUAGGCCGGUCGUUGUGUUAG